AACGAUGAUGAGUAUAGUGCUUUGAUGCCCGGCAUGAAAGACUUUGUUUCAGUUCGAAAUGAUGAUGGUAAUCGGGUACACGUCCAAAAACGGCUUGUUCUGUCUAAUUUAAAGAACUUUACCAAUGUUUCCGUGAAAUAAACCCUGCAGAGAAAGUUGGAUUUUCGAAAUUUGCUUCGUUACGGCCGAAACAUUGUGUGUUAGCAGGAGCAAGUGGAACGCAUACUAUCUGUGUAUGUACUAUCCAUCAAAACUUUAAGUUGAUGAUGCUUGGUGCAAAUGUUCAUUCUUUAACGAGAAAUACAGAAAAGUCGUUGAAACACUAUAAUGAUUGCUUGGACAUGAUAAUAUGUGAGACUCCAACAGAAAAAUGUUAUUUGGGUGGAUGUAACAAGUGUCCAGGGGUAGAUGAGUUGAGUAACAUUUUACUGACAUGUUUUGAAAAUCAGGAAAUCGAGAAUGUCACGUACAAGCGUUGGGUAUCAAAACCAAGGUGCAGUUUAGAAACUUUUAUACAGCCUACAGAAGAAUUUAUUGAAAACCUUUGUAGUGAAUUGAAAGUUCUUCUACCUCACUCAUUCAUUGCAAAAGAACAAGCUAAGUUUCUAAAAACAUUAAAGGAAACACUAAAACCAAAUGAAUAUGUCAUUAUUUGUGAUUUUGCAGAGAAUUAUGCGUUCGUAGUACAAAAUGCAGCAUCUGGUUUUCACUGGAAUAAUGAUCAGGCGACAGUUUUUCCGUUUAAAAACUUUAAAAAUUUUGUUAAUUUGUACUACCAUGAAGAUGAUUUUGAUAUUCCUGCUGAAUGGCAUUUUUGCAACUGCCCAUGGCAAAGGUCCGUGUGA